AUGACGUUGAAGAGUCCUCGACAAGGGAACCGCACCGAGUGCCACUAUUGGGGUUACUCAUUUCACUGGACCGACCUCCACCGCUCGGCAGACCAGUUACGUCCUCUGAUCCAGACCUACGAUAGCUUAGCAGAUGAAUGUGUGCAGCGGUUGAACAAGAUCCCCACCGGCGACGAUUCGAAUAAGCCGUUCCAGAGAGACUUGUACGGGCUGCUAAAGAACCACGCUGAUGAGGAUCCCAAGCUCAAGCAGCUAUGGGAUGAGGUCAAUACGGUUCCUGAGUGGGUGGAUUGGGAGCAAAUCCAGAGGGGACAGGAUGUGUUCUUUCGAUACGGCCUCCCGAUCUUGAAUGUGCUUGGCUUCGAGAGCUUGCUUGGUGGAAUGGGCGCGAUGCGAGUAGUGGAAACACUUGCACGAACCGGCGGUUUCGGUGCCAAGGUAGUCCGACGACGAGUCCUCGAAACUCUGCAACAUGUCCUCCAGGUCAACAGCUCAGCGGAUGGGAUGCGGCCGGGCGGAGAGGGCAAUGUCUCCUCGAUCCGUGUCCGACUCCUUCAUGCGUCCGUCCGGAUGAGGAUCUUGAGUCUGGUGGAACAGAAGCCGGAGUAUUACGACGUGGCCAAGUACGGCACGCCUGUCAAUGACCUUGACUGCAUCGGUACCAUCAACACCUUCUGCACUUCGGUAGUCUGGCUCGGUCUGCCGCGCCAGGGCAUCUACCUCAAUGAGCAGGAGAUUGAAGACUACAUCGCACUCUGGCGUCUUGUCGCCUACUAUAUGGGCACACCAACCGAACCGUUCGAGAAUACAGCCAAGGCCCGGGCGAUGAUGGAGUCGCUCUUGAUAUCGGAGAUCGAUCCCACCGAGAUCGGCAAGGUCCUAGCCAAGAAUAUUAUCAUUGGCCUGGAGAACACAGCGCCGUCUUACGCAUCGAAAGAGUUUUUGGAGGCGAUGAGCCGGCUUCUAAAUGGCGAUCAGCUCUCGGAUGAACUGGACAUUCCACGAACUAGUCUCUAUUAUCGUACCAUUCUAUGGGGCUAUUGUUUCUGGGUGCGGCUUGUGUCAACCGUCAUCCCUAAAAUCUACUUCCUUGAUCGUUUUAUGAUUAAGAUGCGCCGCAAACAUUUCUACAAGGUCCUCAUGGACGGAAAAGUUGGCCUCGGGGGCGAAAGCCGCUACGAGUUCAAGUACAUGCCGACCCUCACACGAACAACGCGAUUGGGCCUGCGACGAACCACCAAGUCUGAGCGACUUGGUCUCGAGAGCUUGGGGUACCUGGGACUUCUCUCUGCCUUUGGUGCGGUAGUCACUCUUGCCGUAGCUUUGGCCUUCGCCGCGAAGUUGAUUCCAGCCGAGCAGCUUUUGCAGGCUGUCCGAAUAUGA